CUCCAGUCUUCCAUACGUGUGGGUAGUGCACAGGGAAGGAGACGAAUUGUGAUCGUUGACGAUGAAAAUCCACAUUCACAUUGUGGUUCUAUGUGUCGUCAUAUCAGCUUGUGUGGCUCAGCAAAGUAACAAACCGGGUUCGUGUCCUAAGCCACAGAGUGGGUCUCUUGGAACUUGCGUGUUCAAAUGCAAGAGUGACAAACAAUGCUCAGGCUCACAGAAGUGCUGCAGUAAUGGUUGUGGUCACGUCUGUAUGAAACCAGAGAGUGAUACGAACGUCGGCAAUGAUCCAUGUGCAACAAUGAAAUGUGGUCCAAAAGCAAACUGUACAGUCACCAAUGGGAAAGCUCGUUGCAUACUCCACGGAGGAAACAACCAUUCCCUAAGUUGUCGAUAUAAUGGGAAAACGUACAGAAGCAACACGACGUUUAGGUCCACAACUGGCUGCGUCUGUAACUGCAGACGUGGGAAAGUCAUUUGCACAAAACUGAGAUGCAACUCAAACACUACAAUGCCUAGAGGUUGCACAUACAAUGGAGUUCAAUAUCCCAAUAAUUCCACAUUUCCUGCAAAGGAUGGCUGUAACAAAUGUCGUUGUAGAAAUGGACAUGUUAACUGCACUACUAGAAUAUGUUCUGGAGGUUGCCGAUAUUUUAGAAAAGUAUAUCCAAACAAUUCGACCUUUAAAGACAUUUACGGGUGUACAUGUCGUUGUAGAGCUGGAAGCAUUAGUUGUAAGAGAACACCGAGUUGUGCUCCAAAGAGGCCUAAGAAUUGCACAUACAAUGGUCACGUGUACCGUCAUAAUUCAACAUUCAAGUCUACAGAUGGCUGCAACACAUGUCGAUGCAAUAACGGAACGGUUAGAUGCACUCGUAAGGCCUGCCCCACAGGAGGAACAAAUCCAUGUCAAAAUCAUCGUUGUCGAUCUCCAGCAGUAUGCAGAGCGGUUAACAAUCAUGCUGUUUGUGGAUGUCUGGAUCCCUCGACGCAACAGUUUUAUCAACAGGGACAUGGAUUUAAGAAUCCGAAUGGAUGUGGCACAUGUUCUUGCUAUGGAGGAAAAGUGAGAUGUCGGCAGCAAACUUGCCCAACACAACAAACCAACACAACACGACCGCCUAACCCAUGCUUGACCAAGAAGUGCCCGAACGGUACUCAAUGUCAUCUACAACGAGUGCAGUGCGUUCGAGCUCCUUGCUAUCCAAUUGCCGUCUGUCUAAACACAACCAAACCGACUUUGGUCUCGCCGACAUGCCCACCGUUCCAUUGCCAUAGAAACUGCUCAGCUGGCUACGUAAGAGACAAGAAUGGAUGCCAACAUUGUCAGUGUCACACUCCUCCAUCAGUGACCUGCUCACCGGUGCGAUGUCUUAUAUUUUGUAUAAACGGUUAUGAAACUGAUAAAAACGGUUGUGAUAUUUGCAAGUGUAAACCAGCUCCAACAAACAGUCCAACUUGUCCUAGUGUUCGUUGUCGCAUAUUUUGUCCUUACGGAUACGUCAAAGACACAAAUGGCUGUGACAUAUGUCAGUGCAUUUGGCCAACUCGUGCUCCUACGUCUGCAGUUGUCAAACCACACGUAACUUGUUCUCCAGUUCAAUGUUUAAUUUACUGUCGUUAUGGAUUUGCUGAAGACAGCAAUGGAUGUGCAGUCUGUCGAUGCAACCCAUCUCCAAGUUGUGCUCCAGUUACGUGUAACAUAUAUUGCAAAUAUGGCUUCAUGACCAACAGCAAUGGUUGUCCUGUUUGUGCAUGUAAACAUGGACCAACACACAUGACAACAACAAUGGGAUCUACAGCGAUGAGACCUACAGCGCCUACUCCCACUCCUGCAUGUCAAGUAUUUUGUACAAAAGCGUGUCCUGGAGGCUACAUAAUUGACUCUAACGGUUGCCCAGUGAAGAAUUGUUCUUGUGUUAGUACAGCAACUCCCACUGAUAUGAGUGGUUGCAACAUCUCUAGGUUUGAGGAUUGCUUUAGUGAUCCUGAUAUUAGUAGUGAUUGCAAUGCAGCUCAACAGGCACUAGAUUGCUAUAGACAAGCUAUUCUCCCAACUCCUUAUGACUGUCCUGACCUUAGUGGCAUUGAUACUCAAGCAGACGGAGUGAGACAAGCGAUCAAUAGACUGUGUCGAGUACCAACAAGCAAGACCACAACGAUGGCACCUACAACACCUACUCCAUUUUUCGCAUGUCGAGUAUUUUGUACAAAUGCGUGUCCUGAAGGCUACGUGACUGACUUUAACGGUUGCCCAGUGGAAAGUUGUUCUUGUGUUGCUACUGCAAUUCCUACUGAUAUGAGUGGUUGCAACGUGUCUAUGUUUGAGGAUUGCUUUAGUGAUCCUAAUAUUGGUAGUAAUUGCAAUGCAGCUCGACAGGCGCACGCUUGUUAUGAACAAGCUAUUCUCUCAACUGUUAACUGUCCUGACCUUAGUGGCAUUGAUACUCAAGCAGACGGAGUGAGACAAGCGAUCACUAAACUAUGCCGAGGUUUGAAAUGUUCUUAUGGUGGCUCAACAUAUCCAGAUGCAGCCUCAUUUCCAUCUGCUGAUGGUUGCAAUUCAUGUACUUGUCAGGGAACAGAAGUGCUUUGUGAGACAGAAUACUGCACAUCGCCACUUUUCUGUGCAUAUGGCGGUGCUAAGAAAGAGACUGGAGAUACGUUCACAGCACUGGAUGGCUGCAAUACGUGCAAAUGCAGUGAAGGCUUUGUGACUUGUACAACGACCAUUUGUGAGACAACCCACUAUCUUCGAGCCAGUGUUGAGUUUGAUGUUAACUACAAUCAGUUGUUGCCUGACGACGGCUCUAAGCUUGCAUUUACAAGAGACUUUAGUGAUCAAAUUGCUCGCCAUCUUUUUAUUUCUCCGGCUCAGAUACAUGUGAUUAGUGUUGUAAGUGGCAGUGUUGUUGUCACAUUUGCAGUACAAACUCGCAACUUGACGGUUGUGGAAAAGCAAAUUGAAGAGCUGCUUCAUGGCAACAGAUUUACAAUUACAUUUAAUGCCAUAAUGGUAACAGCUGAUCGUGAGACAUUUUCACAUGAAGAGAUGCUUGGAGCUCUGCCUUCAUCAAACGCAGCAAACACCAAGCCCAAGCCUUCGGGCAGUGACAGCAGUGUUGACGUAAAAUUGAUUGCUGGAGCUGCAACAGGCGGUUUUAUUGUAGCUGUGAUUCUUGCUCUUAUUAUUGCUUACGUGGUACAUCGUAAACGAUCAUCAAACGAUGAUAGUACGGGGUUUGCAAGAUUUGGAAGCGACAUCGAUGAAAUAAAUAUUAGCAAUCCAUCCUACCGACCAUCAAGAGAUGAUGAUAUGUGAUGGAAUCCCGUGAACACUCGAUUCUGUAGAUGUCUAGGUCUGGUUAGAAUGUGCAUGCAUGGAUAUACAUUGAUUGUCAAAAGUGUCGCAACUUAUUUUUGCUGCUGUCUGUUUCUGCUACAGUAACUUGGAUUUCUUACAACAACAGA